GCGGUCCUUCCGCCCUAGCCCUCCCCCGUCCGCCAUGUUUUUAGGUCGGGUCAGUCGGAGUUGUUCCCUGUAAGGAAAUGGCUGGGGAGCUUCGGAGAUCCCUGGCGCCGUGGGGUUGGCAGAGCCCCUGGUGAUAGGGCAGGACAGCGGCGCCAGCCAGAGCGGCGCCGUGUGGAGUAGGGAGGCCAUGGCGCCUACCAGUAACUGGCUGUCCGGGGUGAAUGUCGUGCUGGUGAUGGCCUACGGGAGCCUGGUGAGGAGACCCACACGCCACCCUGCGGUCGUCUCUGCACAACGGAAUAGGGUCCUUCUCUUGAGCCGAUCCCGCCCUCGUUCUCCACCCGCUCACCUGCGCUCAUUCGGGGCAUAGGGACCUGGAGGUCCAGGUCGCCGACUCGGUCCGCCCGCCCCGGGCCGAGCACCCACCCUCUGAACCCAAGACCCAGAUCCUCCACCCGCCCCGCGGAGGCAGCCUUGGCCCCAGAAUAACCCGAAGAUCCCCUGAGCGCGAACCUGGGGAUUUGAAGUGUGUUUGUACUGCUAUUUAUUUUUGUGAAGAGGCAAAUCAUGCGCUUUGCAAUGAAAUCUCGAAGGGGACCGCAUGUCCCUGUGGGACACAAUGCCCCCAAGGACUUGAAAGAGGAAAUUGACAUCCGGCUGUCCAAGGUUCAGGAUAUCAAGUAUGAACCACAGUUACUUGCAGAUGAUGAUGCAAGACUACUACAACUGGAAACUCAGGGGUAUCAGAGUUGCUACAACUAUCUAUACAGAAUGAAAGCUCUGGAUGCCAUUCGUGCUUCUGAGAUUCCGUUUCAUGCUGAAGGCCGGCAUCCCCGUUCAGUAAUGGGCAAGAAUUUCCGUUCCUACCUGCUAGAUCUUCGAAACACCAGCACUCCUUUUAAGGGUGUUCGCAAGACCCUCAUUGACACGCUGCUGGAUGGCUAUGAGACAGCCCGCUAUGGGACAGGGGUCUUUGGCCAGAGUGAGUACCUGCGCUAUCAGGAGGCCCUGAAUGAACUGACCACAGUGGUCAAAGCACGGAGUGGGAGCUCUCAGCGUCAACACCAGUCAGCAGCCAAAGACCUAACCCAGUCUCCUGAGGUCUCCCCAACAACCAUCCAGGUGACAUACCUCCCCUCUAGUCAGAAGAGUAAACGUGCCAAACACUUCCUCGAAUUGAAGAGCUUUAAGGACAACUACAAUACAUUGGAGAGUACUCUUUGAUGGAACUGAAGGACUCUUGUUGACGGAGCCAGACAGACUACAGUGCAUGCCAGGCAGCCUCAAGUCACCUAACUCAGGACCAAGUCUGCUCAGCCCAAGUUCUCACUGCAUUAGAGCUCAUAGUGCUCAUGUCUAGAGACUUACUCUCCAGCGCUUUCUUCUGACCAGUUUCAGUUAAAAAAAUUUUUCCCCUCUGGUAACACAUUUUUUUCCCUGGAGUUUAACUCAGAUGCUAUAAUUGUUCUCUUUAAAAGUCCUCACUUGGUUUUGAUCAUAGCUCAUCUGCCCUUUUCCAAAGUGAGAGCUGGGAUUAGUGGGUUUCGUGUUUUCCGUAUCUGUUAAACUGUACACAGUUAAAUAGAAAAUUGUGUUUGUAGCAAGAACUACUAGGGAGUUCAGGUGAGCCCACAGGUGGUAUGUGGAACAGCUUACCUGGUGUUCCACUUAAAUCAGGAUGUAUUGAAAAUAAAUCUUUGGGGGGAAGUGAUGUUUUAAAACAUAAUACAAUUUCCAUAAUGUUUGGAGAUCUGUCCUUUGCUUUUAUUUUUAUCCCUUACUAUCAUGAAUAAAUUGAAAGGGGGGUGAUUUGACACCUGGCAUAUCCUAUCCUAUCUCCCCCUUGUUUAUUGGGGUUAUUAUGGGACUCUGGAGGAUGGGUAGACCAAUGCACUGAUUUGACUAUUUUUUUUAAUAUUUAUUUAGUUUCCCUUUUGUUGCCCUUGUUGUUUUUAUUGUUGUUGUAGUUGUUGUUAUUGAUGUUGUUGUUAAAUAGGACAGAGAGAAAUGGAGAAGGAAGACAGAGGGCGAGAGAAAGACAGACACCUGCAGACCUGCUUCACCACCUGUGAAGCGACUCCCCUGCAGGUGGGGAGCUGGGGGCUUAAACUGGGAUCCUUACGCCAGUCCUUGCCCAACUCCCCUGAUUUGACUUUAUUUUUUCUUUUUCAUCUCUUUUAAAAAUAUUUAUUCCCUUUUGUUGCCCUUGUUUUAUUUUUUUAAUAUUUAUUUAUUUAAAUUCCCUUUUGUUGCUCUUGUUUUAUUGUUGUAGUUUUUAUUGUUGUCGUUGAUGUCUGUUGUUGGAUAGGACAGAGAGAAAUGGAGAGAGGAGGGGAAGACACCUGCAGACCUCCUUCACCGCCUGUGAAGUGACUCCCCUGCAGGUGGAGAGCCGGGGGCUAGAACCGGGAUCCUUAUGCUGGUCCUUGCACUUGGCGCCAUGUGCGCUUAACCCACUACGCUACCGCCUGACUCCCACCCUUGUUUUAUUUUUGUAGUUAUUAUUGUCGUUAUUGGAUAAGAUAGAGAGAAAUGGAGAGAGGAGUAGAAGACGGAGAGAGAAAGAUAGACACCUGCAUACCUGCUUCACCACCUGCAGGUGGGGAGUAGGGGGUUCAAACUGGGGUCUUUAUGCCGGUCCUUGCACUUUGCGCCACCUGCGCUUAACCCUCUGUGCUACGGCCCGACUCCCUGAUUUGACUUUAAUAAAUUAAACAACUAGAAAACGAAGCAUCGGGGCCAGGCUGCGGUAUACCUGGUAGAGCACACAUAUUACUAUGGUGCAGGGACCUGGCUCAAGUCCCUGAUGCCCACCUGCAGGGGUGAAGCUUCAUAAGUGUUGCAGGUGUCUCUAUUUUUCCCUCUCUAUUUACUCCUUUUCUCUUGAUAUCUUCGUCUGUCAAACAGUAAAAGGGGCCCAGGCAGUAGCACAAGGGCUUAAGCGCACGUGGUGCAAAGUAUGAGGAUCCCGGUUUGAGACCCCGGGUCCCCCACCUGCAGGGGGGGUUCUCUUCACAAGUGGUAAAGCAGGUGGGCAUGUGUCUUUCUCUUCCCCUCUGUCUUCCCUUCUCUCAAAUUCUCUCUGUCCUAUCCAAUAACAAUAAGGGCAACAAAAGGGGAAAAUGUCCUCCAGGAGCAGUGGAUUCGUAGUGCAGGCACAGAGCCCCAAUGAUAAACCUGGAGGGGAAAAGAAAAAGAAAAAUGACUGUUAGGAGUGGUGGAUUCAUUGUGCAGGCACUAAGCCCCUGCAAUAAUUGAAUUGUAGCAUUGAAUAAAGGAGGGAUGGGUAGAUGUACAACACCAUAUACAGCUUGCACGUGUGAGUUCUCUGGUUCAGUCUCCAGCACUGCCAUUUGUCAGAACUGAGCAGUGCUCUAAUCUCUUUCUAAUGAAAGUAAAUUUUAAAAAAUAAAUACAGCUGGUGCAGUAGUCCACUUGGAUAGUGUCCAACUUUUCCAUGUAUGUGACCCAGAUUCAAACCCAUCCCACAUACUGAAACUUCAGUACUGUGGUUUUUUCACUACUCACUCUUUCUCUGGUUCUCUAUCUGUAAGUAAUAAAAUAUGUGACAUCCCUU